AUGAAUUCUAUGCAAUUACCCCCUCAUAAUGACUUUGAAGCAACAUGGGCAUUCUUAGAAGAGGGUCUUGAUCAAGUCAUGUGUCGCUUUGAACAAGGAUUGACUCGUGCUCGUUAUUCUAUUCUUUACAGUGCUGUUCAUAAUUACUGUGCAAGAAGCGAGACCAAUCUACACACUGCUGCUCAUUAUAAUGCUCCUAAUGCUCCAUUGUCGAGACGACCUGCGCCCACACCUCCUUUGAUUGGCGGAGAAGUGUAUACCAAACUUUGCGAAUACUUACAAAAACAUUUGGAAAAGAUUAGACAAGAAUCUGAACAGUAUAUGGAUGAAUCUUUAUUACAGUUUUAUACCAGACAGUGGACAAGGUAUACGGCUGCUGCUCGUGUCGUGAACAAUAUCUUUAUGUAUUUAAACCGUUAUUGGGUGAAGCGUGAAAUUGAUGAAGAUAGAAAAAGUGAUAUUUAUGAUGUGUUCAGCUUAACUCUCUACAGUUGGAAGAAGUAUAUGUUUGAAUAUGUUCAUUAUAAUGUCAUAUCAGCCGUAUUGAAGUUGAUCGAAAAGCAAAGAAACGGUGAAAUUAUCGAAACAGGUCUAAUAAAGAAUGUCAUUGACUCAUUUGUAUCACUUGGGCUCGAUCACAAUGAUUCUUCAAAAUCAAACUUGGAUGUCUAUAGAAACUACUUCGAAAAACAAUUCCUUGAAGCAACUGAAGUUUAUUACAAGACAGAAUCUGAAAAGUUCAUUACCGAAAAUAGUAUUCCUGACUACAUGAAGAAAGCAGAAGUGAGAUUGAACGAAGAAGAAAACAGAGUACAGAUGUACCUUCAUCCUUCUACUCACAAGACUCUUAUUCCCAUUUGUGAAACUGUUUUGGUAAAGAAUCAAGAGGAAACCAUCUGGGAAGGCUUCCAAGGUUUACUUGAUGCAGAUAAGCAAGAGGAUCUUCAUCGCAUGUAUGCACUUCUUGCUCGUAUUCCAGAUGGAUUGAACCCUCUAAGAAGCAGCUUUGAAGCUCAUGUCAAGAAGGCAGGUCUUUCUGCUAUCGAAAGAAUCGCCCAAAAUGAAUCAGAAGGCUUUGAUCCCAAAAGUUAUGUCGAUACCCUUUUGGAGGUCCACAAGAAAUACAAUGAUCUCACUCAGACUGCAUUCUGUGGUGAAGCUGGAUUUGUUGCUGCUUUGGACAAGGCUUGUGGUGAGUUUGUUAACCGCAACAAGGUCUGCAAGGGCGCUUCUAAUAAAUCUCCUGAAUUACUGGCUCGCUUCUGUGAUCAAUUGUUAAAAAAGAGCGCCAAGAAUCCAGAGGAGGAAGAAUUAGAAGAUGUGCUGAACAAUGUGAUGACUGUGUUCAAGUAUGUGGAAGACAAGGACGUCUUUCAAAAAUUCUACUCCAAGAUGUUGGCCAAGCGAUUGGUUAAUGGUACAUCUGCUUCUGAUGACUCUGAAGGCUCUAUGAUAUCCAAAUUGAAAGAAGCCUGUGGAUUUGAAUAUACAUCCAAACUUCAGCGUAUGUUGACAGACAUGUCACUCAGUAAGGAACUAAACGAAGAGUUUAAAAAUGUCGUCCAAAAGUCCUCUGAUGCUGCAUCCAGUGCUGAUUUCAAUAUCCUCGUACUCAGUGCUGGUUCCUGGCCUCUUUCAGCUCCUUCAACUUCAUUUAAUCUUCCAGACGAUGUUGUAGAAAUGUACGAUAAAUUCCAACAAUUUUACCAAACAAAGCACGUAGGACGUAAGCUAAACUGGUUAUUCCAGUUAUCCAAAGCAGAACUUAAGACGCAUUAUCUUAAGUCAAGCAAAGUGGGAUAUACCUUUAUGGUAUCUGCUUACCAAAUGGGCAUCUUACUUCAGUACAAUAAUGCUGAUAGCUACACCUAUGAAGAGUUGCAAAAGAGUACUGCCCUGUCACCUGAAGCAUUAAACCCUGCUUUGGGUAUUCUGGUCAAAGCUAAAGUAUUGUUGCUUCGUGAUGGUGAAAAUGUAGGCGAGAAAGGAAGCUCCUAUGCUCUUAAUCAAGACUUCAAAAGUAAAAAGGUUCGUAUCAAUCUUAAUAUGCAAAUGAAGAUGGAGCAAAAGGCGGAAACAGAUGAAACACACAAGACAAUUGAAGAAGACAGAAUGUUUGUUAUGCAAGCAGCAAUUGUCAGAAUCAUGAAGACUCGUAAAGUCAUGAAACACGUUGCUCUUAUAGAUGAAGUUAUUACUCAGCUACAAUCAAGAUUCAAGCCCAAGGUUCCAGCUAUCAAAAAGUGCAUUGAUGUGCUUUUGGAAAAAGAGUACAUUGAACGUGUUGAAAAUCAAAAGGAUAUGUACAGCUAUGUUGCAUAA